AUGCUAGUGUAAAAAAAUUGUGUUCGGCAUAGAAGGCAUUUUUACGUGGGGAAACUGAACUCAGCAUUCAUACGUGUCAUCCUUCCGCGGGAAUUUCAGGAUUAUCUUUCUGGUCUUUUAAUCGGAACCAAAGUACUACAUUCUGUUAAACACUUCUAGACUUUAAUAUUGUGGGUGGUUGGAGUUCUUCCCAGCACAAAAUGUCAAAGAAGAAAGGACUGAGUUUGGAGGAGAAGAGAACUCGAAUGAUGGAAAUCUUUUUUGAGUCGAAAGAUGUGUUUCAACUGAAAGACAUAGAAAAGAUUGCACCCAAGAGUAAAGGCAUAACCCCCAUGAGUGUGAAGGAUGUUCUGCAGAGCCUGGUUGAUGACAACAUGGUGGACUGUGAAAGAGUUGGUACAUCCAACUACUACUGGGCGUUUCCUAGCAAGGCCUUGAACGCUCGCAAGUACAAACUGGAGGAGCUGCAGAAACAGAUCUCUGAUGCAAAGCAGCGCAAAGCCUCCCUCCAGAAAGCCGUUGAGAAGGCCAAAGUCGGACGCCAGGAUACGAAAGAAAGGAGCUCCAUGCUGAAGGAGCUGAAGGCUCUGAGAGAGGAGCGAGCACAGCUGCAGGCCGAGCUGGACCAGUACAGAGAGUGUGACCCCGAAGUUGUUGAAGAGAUGAGAAAGUCAAAUGCUGUAGCUAAAGAAGCUAUUUCCAGGUGGACAGACAACGUGUUUGCCAUCAAGUCCUGGACAAAGAAGAAGUUUGCCUUCGACGACAGCCGUAUUAAUAAAGCCUUCGGCAUCCCCGAUGACUUUGACUACAUGGACUGACCGUGAACUUUUCGCACACCCCCCCCUGAUGUUGGUUUCUCACCGCUGUGUUAGUUUUGUGUUUAUUCUGAGUGGGAAAAACAAAAACAGAAUUCAGUUCUUUACAGUGUGAGGUGGAAACGCAUAUUUUUUUAAUGCAUUUUACCAGGGAAUAUAUUGCUGGGGUGCAACUGGAGAGGGGACCGAGCCACCCGCGGCUGUGAGGAGUCACAGGGUCCUGUGACAAACAGCUUGACUUCUUGGACACCUGUUGACUUGAAACUGAGAGCUCAGAGCCGAUGACGGACGGGAAUCAACCUUUCCACUUGGAUUGGCUGCAUUUAUAUAGUUUAAACAGAUGGUUUCAAUUUGGUUUGGGAUGACCUCUCGUUUGUUUUAACUUUGUUUUACGGUUGGUCAUCUUGACUGAGAAUAAGUGGGACAAAUGGCAAAGUUAAAUUGAUGUAAAUAUUUUUCCUAUUAAAAUAAAGUGGAGAUAAAUUGA